AUGAGAAGUUUCUUGAGCACUUUUAAACGUGGAUACACCACUUUCUUUUAUGAAGACAAAAGUCGCAGAACUGACCAUGAGUUUUUUAUUGUAGCCCCUCAGCCUAAUAAGGAGUGGAAACCAAAGUCAAGCCAGAAAGCAAGCAUUAUUGGAGCACCUGCAAAAUCUGUUUCUCCGCCUGCUGAUCAUUCUGAGUAUUCAGAGACAGAUGUGGCUCAGUUGCAAGAUAAACUGUCUCAAUAA